GGAAGGUUUGACACCACACCACCGACUGAAGUGACUUGUAUUCAAGGAACAAUGUUAAAGUCUAAAAGUUAAUCUGCUUUUUUAAAUCAAUGAAGCCUUAUUGUCUGUAAAACAUAAUCAGAAACACACACAGCUUUCUAAUCAUUGCAUGGUGACAAUUUAUUUAAUCAAAGUGUGACUAAAGCUGUACUGCAAUUAAGUAUAGAUGCAUUUCCACAAAAUCAACAUAUGGUGGCGCUGCUGUUUUUCCUCUGAGGGUCGCUGAGACUAAAAGCGAUGGAGGCGUCGACAAUGGAGGCUGAAACCGUGCCGGUUGUUUGAGCGCUCUUAAUCAGUAACAUUAACAAUAACCACGAGGGAGAAAAAAAAACUGCAUUAUAUCAAAUCUGAGCUGCGGAUGCAGGAGAGAAACAGCUGUGCAGAUAUCGAGGCUGUUCUUGGGGGACAAAGCUCGCCGCAUCCCUCCGUGUUAUUGUUGGAUCAGGCCCGCCCAUACUCCAGAGCAUCUCUAGGAAACCCGGCUCCAUCCGACAGCACACUGCUGCUACAGUAUGCAUGAGACUGGAGGUAGGCAUGUCAGAGUUGAUGCCUUUCUGGAUAACUGGACUGUUUUAUGAAUGAUCUUCGCUGUGUUGCUGCAGCAGUACACAUGCUACAAAAUAACACCUUUAAUAUUCACUAGCAAUGGACUUUCCAAGUCAUUUCAAACAGAUUUUCAAUCAGCUUAACCACCAGCGCCUCCAUGCUCAACUAUGUGAUUGUGUGGUGGUGGUUGGAGGCCAGAGCUUCCAGGCUCACCGCUCCAUCCUGGCAGCAUGCAGCUCCCACUUCAGGGCUCUCCUGAGCUCCAGUGACAGCGAAGGCAAGGUUGGAGGACCAGGAUCUGACACAGGUGGAGGUGGAGGCCCCAGUGUAAUGGAGCUAGAUCCAGAGGUGGUUACACCAGAGGCCUUCUCCACCCUCCUAGACAUGAUUUACACAUCAACCCUCUCUCUGAGAGCCUCUAAUGUGAUGGAUGUAUUGUUGGCAGCGUCACAUCUGCACCUCAAUGCUGUAGUCAAAGCCUGCAAGCUCCACCUGUCCAGGAAAAACUUCCCUGCAUCGCCGCCUAAAGGCUGGAGGUCAGUGCAACAGCAGCAGUGUUCCCAGGAAGAGGGGUCGGUGACAUCUGUCACAGAGGAGGACACGGGUGAGGAGGGAGUGGGAGUGGAGGUUAGUCAGUCUGGUGGGGUUGAAGACCACGGGGUGAGGAGGAAAGUCAGUGGCGAGCAGAGUCCUGCACUAUUUCCAGGGCAGAAGAGGAAGUCACAAGAGGACACACUCAGUGGUAGAAAGAGGUCCUGCAGGCUGCCUGAGGGAAACUAUAAGGAGUGUUCACCCACUGUGACCAGAAGCACCAUCAGCACAGAGGAGGGAGGGGAGGAGCUGCUGUCCUCGGACUGCCUGAAGACGACCAACGGACUGUGGCAGAGCCGAGGCGAGGUUGAGGAGGAGGAGGAGAAAUAUGAAGCAACCAAGGGAGACUUGGAGGAGAUCCAGCUACCGAGCCAGUCGGACAGCGGCACAGCAGGUGUAGGUGCGUGGGAGAAGGGCGGAGAUGCAGAUGGAGGCAAUGUGGUUAAAGUGAAGGUUGGAGAAGAGGGGGAGGAUGAUGGAGAGGAGAUGAAGAUGCCGAUGAUUGAGGUGAAAAAGGAAAAUCCGAGCUCAUACUCGCCAGAUCUGGACACUGUACUAAACAAUUCUCCACCACGAGACUGCAUGGACAAUUUGGAUACACAACUAAGUGGCGAUAAAAUGGCCACAGCGUGUCUAGAGGCUGAUGUGAGCUCUUUACAAUCUCAGCUGUGCACACAUCUUCAUACUGAUGCACAGAGAGAGGCUGGAGAUUUGGGGGAGGAGUCAGUAGACGGCGAAGGUCUAGACAGCCUGUCAGAGCUGGCGUUUUCCUGCUUCCUCAAUCCCAGCAGUGAAAGUGUAAUGGGAGCUCUGGAAGAAGAAGACAGCCUAGCCAGCCUCACUGCUGCUGCUACUGCUGCUGCCGCCACCGCUAGUGAUACCCCCGCAGCUGCUGGAGAUGAACCAUGUCAGAACUCAGAAGCUCAGUCCACCGAUUCCUCCUCUUCACUGAUGUUUCCUGUAACGUCCGUCCCCCUGCAGCAGCUUCUCCCAACUCAAGGCCCCAGUUUCAGCGACACACUCAUCCUCCAGCCCACCCAGAACACUCUAGCAGGGUUCCUAAGCGGCAUCAGACCAAGCCUCGGUCUGGAAAACUCACUUGUCCAACCCUCCAGGGCCGGGAAAAGCUCUGGGGCAACAACCUUCCGCCGCAUCGCCCCCAAAGUUCCGCCUGGAUCAGAAGCCGGCACGGAUCUCUCCUCUGCAUCAGCGGGGGAUGCUGCUGAUCGACCACCUCUAACCAGAGCUUCAGAGGAUGUUAUGUCCAAGUGCAAGAAGGCAGCUGCUGAAGAUCAUGUGCUGCUGGUGGAAGGGGAGAAGAAAUACGCCUGCAAAAUCUGCUGCAAGACCUUCAUGAACCUGACUGACUGUAAGAAGCACAUUCGCGUUCACACCGGAGAAAAGCCUUAUCCCUGUCCGAAGUGUGGCAAACGCUUCAGCCAGUCCUCCCAUCUGUACAAACACUCCAAAAACACCUGCUUAAACUGGAAAGACGAUUCAUUCCCGGAGAGCCUGCUCUGACCUGCACUGACCUCACAGACAUUUGUGGAUUAAGUUUAAGACACAAUUAUUUAUUUUCUGAAAUGCACCCUGUAAACUUGAUUAUUUAUUCCCCCAAUCAAAUUUUGAUUUGAUGUUACAUGAAAUCAAAGUCAGUUAGCUUAUAUAUGUAAGUCUUUUCAUUUUUUCAUGUUUUUCUGAGCCAUGCUGUGCUUUUCAUGAAACGAAUAAGAUGUAUCCAAACUGAUGCGAAUGCACUGAAAACAUUCUCAAAGAAUAAAUGAUGCACUUGGUCAUUUGUACUGAGCUUAAAUCUAUUUGGACCAUAAGGAACUUCUAAAAACACAUACAGAGCAUUACAUUUAAACUAAGCCAUCCGUUUUUAUUCUUCAGAAAAAACACAUUUGACACACAAAACUUGUGGAGUGUUGUACUGUUCUGUAGACCUGGAGCAUUGACAUCAGAAUAAAGUGCAGACCAAGAACGUUAACCUUGAUG